AUAAAUGAGAAAAAACAUUCAGAUUAUUGCUAGAUAAUUCACAUCUACUAAACCUGAACUUUUUAGACCUUAAAAGAUUGAUGUCAAAACAUUUGAGUAUGAGCCAUUUAAAUUUGGGAUUGAAAGACAAUCGAUGAUUCACGGAUAUACGAUGGAAGAAAUGUAUGGCAGGUAAAUAAAAUAAAUGAGACAUUAGAUUUUAUGGAAUUAAGCAUUCUCCUUUAAUUUAGAAAGAGUUGAAGAAAGACAAUCUUAUUGCUUUGGCUAUUCUUUUAGGAGGAAGUGUAAUUACAUUCUAUUAUAACGAAUGGGGAGUUCAAGAUUAAGCUAAUUGGCUUUAAUAUUAUUAUGCUGAUUUAACAACCAAAAGAAACAAUCUCAAAUGAUUGACAACAAUUUAAAUAUAUCCAUAGACAUAAAAUAUUAGCAUUC